AUGGCGUUACUGCGUCCCAUGAUUCGACUAGCUCACCACGGAGCGCCUCCGCAACUGCGACAGCUGCGGAAGUUCGCGACCGCCUCGGACGUGAGAAACCCACAACAAGUGCCCGACAACUAUGUGCGGAUAGUCGAGGUUGGUCCGCGGGACGGCCUACAGAAUGAGAAGAAGUCCAUCCCACUAGCAACCAAGAUCGAGCUGGUUGAGAAGCUGUCCAGGACGGGCUUGUCGUUCAUCGAAGCAGGCUCGUUUGUGUCGCCGAAGUGGGUUCCGCAGAUGAACAAUUCGAGCGAGAUCCUGGAACACAUCCUUGCGAAGCCCGUACCGUCGCCCGUCCCCGUUACGUACUCUUUCCUCGCGCCGAAUGCCAAAGGCAUCGACAAUGCGACGGCCAUACUGCAGAAGAACCCUGAUGCCUUCUUGACGCAAGCGCAAUCCUUCGCCGGACGGAACACUGAGGGAAAGCCGGCCUUGGAGCUCGCCGUGUUCGCAGCUGCUACCGAGAGCUUUUCGAAGAAGAACCUGAACUGCAACAUUGCAACGUCCCUGGAGAAAUUUAGAGAUGUUAUCCAAGGCGCGAAGAACAUCGGUGUCAGGGCGAGAGCCUACAUCUCGGUUGUUCUUGGCUGCCCCUUUGAAGGAUACGAUGUAAACCCUCACAAAGUGGCCGAGAUCGCGGCUUCUCUUCUUGAGAUGGGCGCCGACGAGAUCUCGCUCGGAGACACUACAGGUAUGGGUACGGCACCUCGUACGCAGGAGCUUCUGAGGUGCAUGGCGGCAGCUGGCAUACGCAAAGAAGACAUUGCCAUGCAUUUCCACGAUACCUACGGCCAAGCCCUCGUGAACACGGCCAUCUCCUUGGAGCACGGCAUCAGGACAUUCGAUAGCUCGGUUGGCGGGCUGGGAGGCUGCCCAUACAGUCCCGGAGCGACCGGAAACGUCGCCACCGAAAAUAUGGUGUAUUUCCUGGAAAGCCUCGGGAUGGAUACCGGGGUUGACCUGGAUGCUAUAUCUGACAUUGGCCAGUGGAUUACUGGCGAGAUUGGCAAGGCCAAUGACUCUGCUGUCGGGAAAGCUGUUCUUGGUGCCCGCCGGAGGUCACCGUCCGCUGCUUGA